AUGACUAAAGUCUUCAAACAAUCCUCAUACGAGCACAUCUCGAGUUUCAAACCAAAAUUCCUACAACGUGUCGACAACGUCCUACAUCAUAGUAAAGCUGUCACUUUUAGCAGCAACGUCGUCCCAGACACAGACAAGGGAACUUUGUCCACCAGUUUGAUCUACUCUCAAGGUAGUGACAUUUACGAAUUGGGAUGUGAAUUCCCAUUGGGUGGUGAGAAGAACAAGGAACCUAAACCAGAUUCUGAAUACGGUGAUGCUUUCGCUAAAGUUGAAGAUAAGAAAUUCAGUCCAAAAUGGGUCUACUCAGGGGAAACAGUCUCCAAGAUGGCUUAUUUGGACGGUAGUGAAACUACUUUAUUAGCUAUGUCCAAGAAUGGGUCUCUUGCCUGGUUCCAAGAAGGUGUUAAGGUACCUGUCCAUAUCGUGCAAGAAAUGAUGGGUCCAAUGACAAGUUAUGCUGCAAUGCAUUCUCAUGUUAGACCAGACUCAUUGGCUGUUUCCGAUUUCGCUGUCUCCUUAGAUGGUGAAACCGUCGUGAAAUCUCAAAGUAAUGGGUCCGAAGAAGAUUCUAUCUUGAAGAUCAUUGAUAAUGCAGGUAAACCAAGUGAAAUCUUACGUACCAUUCAUGUUCCAGGUACCACUGUGACUCAUUCCGUCAGAUUCUUCGACAAUCACAUGUUUGCCUCUUGUUCCGAUGAUAACGUACUAAGAUUCUGGGAUACUAGAACCAACGAUAAGCCAUUAUGGGUUCUUGCUGAUCCACAAAAUGGUAGAUUGACAUCAUUUGAUGCUUCCUCAGUCUCCAGCGAUUUAUUCGUCACUGGGUUCUCUACUGGGCUCAUUAAAUUAUGGGAUGCUCGUGCUGUGGAAGCUGCCACUCUAGAUUUCACCAACAGACAAAAUGGGGAAGAACCCAUCCAAAAGGAAAUCGCCAAUUUCUACCAUUCUGGUGGUGAUUCUGUUGUGGACGUUCAAUUCUCUCCAACUUCUCCAACUGAAGUACUAACCGUCGGUGGAUCUGGUAACGUUUACCAUUGGGAUAUGGAAUACGCAUUGUCUAAUUACGAUGCUGAUGAUAAGAACAGAGUCCCACAAGACGCUUGUGAAAAACUACAAACUGAAUCGUUGAAAUUCUUGCACACUGGUGGUAGCAGAAGAAGUUCCAAGCAAAGAGGUAAGAGAAACACCGUCGCAUGGCAUCCAGUCAUCGAUGAGUUGGUCGCCACUGUCGACGAUGAUAGUCUAGUCAGUGUUUACAAGCCAUUCACCAUCGAUUCCAACUAA